GGUUCAACCAGACUAGCGAGAGAAUGCGCAAGGGGCGACCUCAAUGCAGUACAAGCUGCGUUCCGCGCUGCACCAGAAGAGCUAAACCAGGAUGACUCUGGCGGCAAUACGCCCCUCCAGAUAGCAUCAUUAAACGGACACACGAAGAUCGUGAAAUUCCUGCUGAGUCAAGGAUCUCGACCUGACUGCGAGUCGAACGAUGGCGACAGCCCCCUUAUUGAUGCCGCAGAGAAUGGCCAUCUAGACGUGGUGAGACUAUUAUUGAGAGCUAAUCCCAAUCCCCACCACCAGAACAAGAGGGGCCAGCGAGCUAUUGAUGUG